AUGAAAGUCAUUAGCAGGGUCUCUGCAUACUUGCUCUUAAUUAGUACUUUUUUAGUUAUAUUUUCCAACUCGGAAAGAACCAUAGAUGAGUAUAAUGUGAAAAACAGUAUUGUAAUUUUUCCAGGAAAACCAUAUUAUGGUGUUAAAAUGAAUACAAAGUAUCCGCUAAUUAUAAGAGUGAAUAAAAAGCAUCUUGUUGACGGAAGAUAUCAAUUUGAGUGUUUCUCUGCCGGGCCAGAUCCACAGGGAGAGUUUAAAAUAAUUCCAUUGGUUACCGAAGAAAGGUUGAAUGUGUCGCAAGGCUUUCUAACUACUAUCUUUAAUAAGUUAUUUCCAAAAUCUCUAGUUUUCACUAACAAUGAACUGUUCAAUACCCAGAAAAACUCGAGCUCUUCAAAUUUGGAUUUCCCAAAUUAUUUUUCCAAAUAUUGGGAUCCAUAUUCCUAA